AUGGCCUACUCGUCCCGACCAACCUCAAUGCUUCCUGGCGGACUACGCCAGCCAGCCAGCCAGCCAUCAUCGGCGCUGUCGACGCGUAUCGCGGCCAAAAAGGCCGAGCUCGAGAACCUCCGCCAGCUACGCGAUUUGAGCGGUACCCUGGCCAUGCAAAUGCAGGCGCUCGAGAGCAAGAUUGCCACGUUGAAGGAUGGCACGGAAGGGCCGGGUUGUACCACCCCCGCUGAUACUGAUACUGAUUCGAUCCAACCUUAUCCAGCGGUUGCGUGCGUUCUUGCCAAUUGGGAUAAUGUUCUUCGUGCUAUCAGCCUUGCAUCCAAGAAAGCUAGUGGUCUUGACGACGCCGCCGGAGCCGAGGGGGCCGAUGACCAGACUGAGACUCGCUUGCCAGCCACCUUGGUUCGCAUCCCUGCCGAGUCAAGCGAGAAGGCUGGUGAGUGA